UUCGUAGUUCGCGCGAUGUUAUCUCACAAGAGCUCUGGGAACGUGAGGUUCACAGACUUCUUGCAAAACUAUGCUCUGCCUCACUCUUACCAUGCAAAUUCUUCAUUCUCCGUUCUGGUCACAUCUCUCCUUUCAAACCUCAAAAUCAGCAUCAAUACCUGCUUUACCUUCACCUGAGAAAUGUCUUCAAUUACCAGCUAGCAAGUUCUGUUUUCAGCCUCCAAAAAUGGAAAGAUCUUAUUGGAGAUCACGUAAACCUUCCAUUUUGAGCUAUGGAACUACUGCUUCUGUCGAAGCUGGUGGCUCUGAAGUGUUAACCGGAACAGCUGAGAAUGAUGUACUGAAAGCCUUGUCUCAAAUUAUUGAUCCAGAUUUUGGAACUGAUAUUGUCUCAUGUGGAUUUGUUAAGGAUCUGCACAUAGAUGAAGCUUUGGGGGAGGUCUCAUUCCGGUUAGAGCUCACAACUCCUGCUUGUCCAAUCAAGGACAUGUUUGAGCAGAAAGCAAAUGAGGUAGUGGCUGCACUUCCAUGGGUCAAGAAAGUCAAUGUCACAAUGUCAGCACAACCAGCCAGGCCUAUAUAUGCAGAUCAACUUCCAGCAGGGUUGCAGAAUAUUUCUAGUAUUGUGGCAGUUUCAAGUUGCAAGGGAGGUGUUGGGAAAUCCACCGUAGCAGUAAACCUUGCUUACACUUUGGCUGGUAUGGGUGCAAGGGUUGGUAUCUUUGAUGCUGAUGUCUAUGGUCCAAGUUUACCAACAAUGGUCUCCCCAGAAAACCGACUACUAGAGAUGAAUCCAGAGAAGAGAACCAUUAUCCCACCUGAAUACCUGGGAGUCAAGUUGGUAUCUUUUGGAUUUGCUGGGCAAGGCCGUGCAAUAAUGAGAGGUCCAAUGGUUUCUGGUGUUAUCAGUCAACUUCUAACAACCACUGAAUGGGGAGAGCUGGAUUACCUUGUUAUUGACAUGCCACCUGGAACCGGCGACAUCCAACUUACUUUAUGUCAGGUUGUUCCAUUAACUGCUGCUGUUAUUGUUACUACCCCUCAAAAGCUAGCAUUCAUUGAUGUUGCAAAAGGAGUUCGAAUGUUUUCAAAGCUUAAGGUGCCAUGUGUAGCUGUAGUUGAGAAUAUGUGCCACUUUGAUGCUGAUGGGAAACGCUAUUAUCCGUUUGGUAGGGGCUCUGGUUCUCAGGUUGUUCAGCAGUUUGGAAUUCCUCAUCUGUUUGAUCUUCCCAUUAGACCAACACUAUCUGCUUCUGGAGAUAGUGGAAUGCCUGAAGUGGUGGCCGAUCCUCUAGGUGAAGUUGCAACAACAUUUCAGGGCCUUGGAGUUUGUGUCGUACAGCAGUGUGCCAAGAUUCGGCAACAAGUGUCAACAGCUGUUUCCUAUGAUAAGUCAGUCAAGGCUAUCAGAGUUAAAGUACCAAAUUCAGAUGAAGAGUUCUUUCUGCAUCCUGCAACUGUAAGAAGAAAUGAUCGUUCUGCCCAAAGUGUGGAUGAAUGGACUGGUGAUCAAAAGCUGCAGUAUUCUGAUGUUUCAGAAGACAUUGAACCGGAAGAAAUUCGACCUAUGGGAAACUAUGCCGUGUCAAUUACUUGGCCUGAUGGAUUUAGCCAGAUAGCACCCUAUGAUCAGCUCCAAAUGAUCGAGCGGUUGGUGGAUGUUCCUCAAUGUACUCCAGCAAAGGCAUGAGAUAAUUCUUGUUGCAGUCAACUGUUGUGAUUUGUGUGGAUGGGGAUGAGUACCUUGAGGUAAAUAAUUCUCAGCUUCUCAUCUUUUUUGUCUCUACCACCAUAGCAUGAUGACACCAAGUGAUUUCUAAUAGAAACUAGAAUGUGACAGAAGCUUCAAAUACUUACCUAAAUUGUCAAAGGCUUAAGAUUUAAGCUUCUCCCUCGUUUGUCCCGUUUCUUAUAUUCCUCAUCGUUUUGAUUUUGAGAUAUACAUGUAUAAGAAAUCCUAGUGAAGGUUCUAACAAGUAAAUGCAAUGUUUUACUAGGUUGUAAUUUUAAUGACACAAUAAUCAAUCAACAGUAUCUAAGGUUUAUCUCAA